CCAGAGAGCAUCGUACACUGCCCACUACGACACAGAAUCGGACACUAACCAAGCCACUGCCACCUGCCCAGAGAGCAUUGACCACCGUGCCACUGCCACCUGCCCAGAGAGGAUCUUUCGCUGCUUACUACCCUCACUUUGCGAUGCCUGAGGUCCCAGCUGCCGGUCCCUGGCCGUUCCUGCUCCUGCUGGCGCUUCAGGUCGGCGCGGUUGCCAGCUCAACCCAACCCUGGCACUGUGCGCCCUGCUCCCCAGAGAAGCUCGCGCUCUGUCCACCAGUGCCCUCCUCGUGCCCGGAACUCUCCAGGCCUGCCGGCUGUGGCUGUUGCCCUAUGUGCGCCCUGCCUCUAGGGGCUGCCUGUGGUGUGGCCACUGCGCGCUGCGCCAGGGGACUCAGCUGCCGCGCUCUGCCGGGAGAGCCUCGGCCCCUGCACGCUCUCACCCGCGGUCAGGGCGCCUGCGUACCUGAGCCUGCCACUCCCGCCGCGAGUGCACUGUCCAGCGCUGAAGAAGGUGAAGAGGCGAAGGCCCUCACGGUCCCUGAGAGAGUGCCCCCUGAGAGUGCUGAGAUGACCGAGGAGCAGCUACUGGAGAGUUUCCACCUGAUGGCCUCCUCCAGUGAGGACCAGCCCAUUCUCUGGAAUGCCAUCAAUACCUACAAGAGCAUGAGGGCCCGAGAGGUGGCAGACAUCAAAAAAUGGAAGCAGCCCUGCCAACGAGAACUCUACAAAGUGCUGGAGAGAUUAGCUAAGGCACAACAGAAGGCAGGAGAAGAAAUUUACAAAUUUUAUCUGCCAAACUGCAACAAGAAUGGAUUUUAUCACAGCAAACAGUGUGAGACAUCGCUGGACGGAGAGGCAGGGCUGUGCUGGUGCGUCUACCCUUGGAGUGGGAAGAGGAUCCCGGGAUCUCUGGAGAUCAGAGGGGACCCCAACUGCCACCAGUAUUUUAAUGUGAAAAACUAAAAAUAGAUGCUGCAUAUGUUCUUUCACAUGAAGUAUUUAAGUAUAUAGUAUAUUUAUACUCUAGAACACACACACAUUUUUAUAUAUGUGUAUAUGUAUAUAUAUAUAGGAACUACUUUUUAUACUCCACAUAUUCCUUGAUAUAUAAAACUGGUUUAUAUUUAUUCACUGUAAGUUUAUUUUUUUCUACACAGUAUCUUGUGCUAUAUUAAUUUAUAUAUCACGAAACACUUCUCAUCACCUUAUGUGUACAUAUGGUAUUUCAGUUCUUCAAAAGCUUAUGCUUCUGUUUAUAAAGAGCAUGGAGUACUACUAUCCAGAAGAUGCAGAAGCAAAUAAGAGGCAGUGGUUUUUCAAGUGGUUUAAAGGACAGUCAACCUGUAUUUAAGAAUGAUUUAUUUGGUGCAUCCUACAGAUGUGACUGUAAAUUUUCAGGAAAAGUUGAAAAGUUAAAAUGUUGAGUAUGUAAUCAAAGCUAGACGUGGUGAUGCUGCUACAUGUGAAAUGUGCAUUGGAUAUAUUGUUAAAUUCACAGUGAAACAUAUUUGGAAUAAAUAUUCCAUGUGA